AUGGGUGAAGGAGGAGGGGGAGCCCAGUUCAUCGUGAAUGUCAGCAAGAGGGAGGUGGUGGCCGUGGUGCUUCCAUUGCAGGGGCAUUGGCUUCCACUAUCCAAUCGCGACUUGCUCCUUCCUCCUGUGGACGUGGGUGUGUUUUUUGUUUCAAUAAAAACGUGUGCAACCUCUGGUGAGGUGGUGCACAACUCUGUUGGUGAGCCUGAGAUUCUCUGCAACAACCGUGGGGUGAGCGUUCUGAAGAAGGCCUUGGCACAAGUUCUGGUAUCCCAUUAUGUGUUUGCUGGUGAGGUGGUGCACAACUCUGUUGGUGAGCCUAAGAUUCUCUGCAACAACCGUGGGGUGGACUUUGUCGAAGCUUUUGCAGAGGUAGAGCGUAGAGACAUCAACUUGUAUAACCCUGAUGACACCAUUGAAGGCAAGCUUGUGCCAGAGAAGAAGCACGGAGUUUUCGCUGUGCAGGCUACUGGGCUCAGAUGCGGUGGGUUGGUGGUGGCGUGCUCGUUUGACCACCGAGUAGCAGACGCCUACUCAGCCAAUAUGUUUCUUGUCUCGUGGGCUGAGUUGGCUCUUUCUAAACCAAUCUCUACUUCACCUUCUUUUCGCCCAUCUUUACUCAACCCUCGACGCCCUGGUUCCAUUCAUCCAUCUUUGGACGAUAUGUACGUCCCCGUAACAAAACUGCCACCUCCCAAACAUCCAGAACCUGAUUACGAUCAUCUCAUCAGCCGCAUAUACUAUAUUACGGCCGAACAACUCAGCCGGCUGCAAUCUCUAGCCAGCACCAAGGGCUGCCGGAGGACCAAACUAGAGUCUUUCAGUGCAUUCUUGUGGAAGAUGGUUGCCAAGUUGGCUGUUACUCAAAAUGCAGACAAAAAGAUAACUAAAAUGGGCGUUGUUGUUGACGGCAGGACAAGGUUGACUGAUGGAGAUGAACAUAAAGCUUCACUCUUAGGCUCUUACUUUGGAAAUGUGCUCUCCACACGGGUCCAACUAGACAUGCACCAACUAGACAUACAAGAAACAUGA